AUGUCGGCGUGGGGAAAGAGACAAGCUCGGGUUGACACUAAACCAAUCGCAGAUACUGCAACUGCAAACAACAGCACGACGAAUGGUUCAGCAGCUCCAAAAAAAUCUGCUUGGGGUGCUCCACCAGGAGCUGCUCCUGCUGUCACGGCUCCCGCCGAACGCUCAUCAAGUGCAUUCCCUACACCACGUGAAGCGAUGGAAAAGCUUUCAUUAGAACCUUCUACUGCACAAACGCACGUACGUUCUCAAAGUGCUCGUCCAACAAAUCGACGUUCUCACCUACAAUCUGCUGUUCCUGAAUCAGCUGUCCUGACUCCCGUCCGUCGACCGGAUGCAGGUGGCAAAGUUGGCAAAGUCAUCGAUGUUUACACAAAUCAUUUUCCGGUUCAUGUUGAUGAUGCUAUUAUAAACCAAUAUGAUAUUGAGAUUUUUAUGAUCGGCCGUGAUGGAAGACCCCGAUUAGCCCGUAAAGAUGAACGUUGGGAAACCGUUCAGCGUAUUGCUAAACGUGAAAAGAAUUUUCCAAUCAUCUGGUACGACGAAGGUAAAACGAUUUACACCCGGGAGUUGCUAACGGAUUUUACUAAACCAUUGCAAAUCAAAUUUUCAAUUAACAACGAGGAAAAAACUUUCCAAUUUCAAGUGCUCAAUCUUGUCCGACAAGAGAAAAUUCGGGACAUGUUUGACUUCAUUGAAAAGAAAACCUCCGUUCGGCCACGAGAUUCCAUUCGAAUCCUCGAGACACUUUUCAAACAACGAGCAAGAAACGAUCUCAUUAGUUUCCGAAAUCAAUUUUAUGAUCGAAAACAAAAACUCGACGAUCUCGGUAAGUACGAACUUGUGUAUGCGAUACGAAAAGCAUAUCGAAAAUAUGUAGGCGACGGUCGUGGUAUGGCAAAUGGAUUCUAUCAAGCAUUGUUCCUUACUCAAGGUGGUCCAACAUUGAAUAUCAAUCUUGCGUUCACUUGUUUCUACAUGCCUUUAAAUUUCAUUGAAUUCGCCACGAAAUAUCUUCGCAAAGAUAUCACUAAAGGUUUAACAGAGCUCGAAUUACAAGGUUUUCGACGUAUUGUUCGCAACUUGUUGAUUGAAACUCUUCAUACUGGUCGCGAUAUCCGUUAUCGUCUUCGCGGUUUCGGUUUGCCAGCCAAUCAAAUAAUGUUCGUACGCGGCGGAAAUGAUGAUGCUGGCGAGGCAUCCUUAGGUGAAAAGAUCAGUGUAGCAGAUUUCUUUGCUGAAAAAUAUCAAAGAUUGAAGUACCCACAUUUACCAUGCAUCGAUGGAAUGAGUGGUAAUCAAAAACGAGCGAAUUGGUUACCGAUGGAAGUUGUUAAACUUGUACCAUGGGAACGUUCGUUAAAACCAUUGGACAGUGUUCAGCGGGCAUUGGUGACGAAGAAAUCUGUAAUUAAACCUGAGCAACGUUAUGAUCAAAUCAUGAAUGUUGUAAAUAAUCGUCAAUUUGAUACGGAUCCAUAUUUAAAAGAAUUGAAUAUUAAAGUCAAUUCAAAAGAAAUGCUUCAAAUCAAAGCACGGAUUUUACCACCACCUGAAGUGAAAUAUCGUGGUCAAGGUUCUUCGGAAGUCGCCGAGCGCGUCAAUUUCGGUAAAUGGACUAUUCGUAAUCGAUUCUACACAACACGUGAUGUCAAUAAGUGGGGCAUGCUUUACUUUGGCUCCAAACCGACCGAUGAUGUGAUUCAAACACUAAAAGAUUUUGAAACUCGUCUACCACCUUUAUUACAACGCUACGGCAUCACGAUUAAAUCUAAGCCAAUAACUAUCGCUAAACCAGCAACAAAGGAAGAAAUCGAAAAGACAAUCAAUAAUGCUAGUAAAGAUGGUUGGCAGUUGACUAUGGUAGUUUUGAAUAACACAAGUGAUAAUGUUUAUGAUUAUAUUAAACAAUGUGGUAAUCAACGAUAUGGUCUAGUAACACAGUGUGUUAGUUAUCAAUCAUUGGAACGAAAUAUCGGCAAACUUGAUAUGUACGUGCAAAAUUUAAGCCAGAAGAUCAAUGCGAAAAUGGGCUGUAUCAAUGGAGUUGUUAACCUCAAAGCGGCAUUGAGUCGACCAUCGAACGAAGAUCUUUUUAUGUUUUUUGGUGCCGAUGUCACGCAUACAACUUGUUCAGCUGAACGUCCAUCAAUUGCAGCUGUUGUUGGAUCACGCGAUCCAACCAAUUCACUCUAUGCAGCUCGUCUUUGUGAACAAUACCCGAAAUUGGGUCGUUGUUCGAUGGAAAUCAUUAAGGAUUUGGAUAAGAUGGUUAUUGAUCUUCUUCAACUAUUUGCUAAAUCAUGCGGCAAUCGGCUACCCAACAAGAUCGUCUUCUAUCGUGAUGGUGUCGAUGAUGGUCAAUAUCAAAAAGUUCUUGACAAUGAAGUUGCGAAAAUCAAACACGCAUUUCGAACAAUCUAUGUCAAUCGACAACCACCGAAACUAACGUUUAUUAUUGUUAAGAAACGACACAAUACGCGAUUCUUUGCCUACGACGGACAAAUGACGAAAAAUGUCGAAGCAGGAACAAUUAUUGAUCAACAUGUCACGCAUCCAUCGCAGUUCGACUUUUAUUUAUGUUCACAGGCAGCACUUAUGGGUACAUCUCGUCCAGCGCUCUAUCAUGUCCUUCAUGAUGAAAUCGGUUUUACUAGCGAUGAAGUUGAACAAUUAACCUACUGGCUUUGCCAUACGGAUGCUCGUUGUUCGAAAGCAGUUUCAAUUCCAGCACCGGUUCACUACGCGCAUUUGGCUGCUUACGCAUCUCGCACAUUUGACUUCGAUGAUAAUGUCGAUCAAAAUAGUGGUACUGGUGAUGACGAUGGCUUCGUUGAAAACGUCGAGAAUGUCUCUAUCGACGAUAUUAAAACAAAACUUAUGGUACUCGAUCCAAAGAUCGCUAAUAAUAUGUGGUUUGUAUAA